GGGUGAAGCCGGUUUAAUGAACUGCCCAUUUGAAUUUAUCUCGGAAGAUCCUUCGGUUUUCCGAGCAAUCGAGGGUCUUUGUGCAUCAUGACAGGACGGAAAUAUGAAUGAUAAAGCACGGGUUGAAUGAUGGCGUCAGGAUGGCGGCAGCCUCGAUCAGUUAUCAGAGCCGCUUUACUCUUUAACACCGCCAUCAUCAUCUUCAUCAGCACCGGCGCACAGACGCACACCUGUGACCACAAAGUGCCCCUUCAUACAGAGGUCAUACAUAAAGUCUUGAAGCCAGAUAGACUGACCAAAAGAAGCACUGACCAGCAGUUAAACAUCCAGAUAGAGUACGACUCCAGCUUGGAUGGGUUAGAUGAAGCCAAAAGCAGCCUUGUGAAGGACAAACUCCUCCCACAGGCCAUUGAUUAUCUUCAGAAGGCCUUCAGGGUUCGCAGACAGUCGGGUCCGAUAUUACUUAGCAGGCAAUGUGCAACCAAUCAGUACCUUCGGAAAAGAGACGAUCCUCACCGCUACUGUCAGGGAGCAUGUGCUGAUGUAACCAAAUGUGGCCCAGUUCUUGUUCCUGAACAUCAUUUGCAGCAAUGCAGGAAUUGCAGUGAGUCUGGAAAGUCCUGUGGCCCCUCCGGUCCUCCUGAUGGUGAGGGGGUGGCGAGGGCUGAUUUUGUGCUGUACGUGAGUGCGAUGACCACAGAGCGUUGUGGACAGGAGAACAUCGUAGCCUAUGCAGCGUAUUGUCAGCUUGAGUCUGAACUGGACAGACCCAUUGCUGGAUAUGCCAAUCUGUGUCCCAAUAUGAUCUCUACUCAACCUCAGGAGUUUGAAGGGAUGCUGUCCACGGUUAAACAUGAGAUCAUACAUGCCCUGGGGUUUUCUGCUGGACUCUUUGCCUUUUAUCAUGAUGAUGGUGGAAAACCUCUGACGCCACGUUCUGCAAGUGGUCUUCCUGCAUACAAUGAAAGUUUAGGGCUAUAUCAGUGGAGUGAUAAAGUCAUUAAAAGAGCAUCUCGACUGUGGGACAUCCGAGGAGGCCAAAUGGUUAGACACACUGUCCAUCUUCUGGCCACCCCACGUGUAGUGGAAGAAGCUAGAAGACAUUUUAGUUGCCCCAUUCUAGAGGGCAUGGAACUAGAGAACCAGGGUGGUGCUGGAACUGAGCUUAACCACUGGGAAAAACGCCUGCUGGAGAACGAGGCAAUGACUGGAUCUCACACGCAGAACAGAGUGUUUUCCAGAAUUACUUUGGCCAUAAUGGAGGAUACUGGGUGGUACAGGGCCAAUUACAGUAUGGCGGAGAACCUGCAGUGGGGAAGAGGUUUGGGGUGUGACUUUGUGAUGAAAAGCUGCAAAUUCUGGAUAGACCAGCAUCGCCAUAAGAGGCCGACUCUGAGCCCGUACUGUGAUUCUGUGAGAAGCGCACCUCUGCAGCUCACCUGCAGGCAGGACCAGCUGGCAGUGGCUGUUUGCAACCUACAGAAGUUUCCUAAUGCGCUUCCAGCAGAGUAUCAGUACUUUGACCAUAUUCCUGGCAUCCCUGAGAAGGAUUUGUCUGAUUAUGGAGGGGCUGUAGAAAUCGCAGACUACUGUCCUUUUAGCCAGGAGUUUAGCUGGCAUGUGGGAGGUGAAUAUCAGCGCAGCUCUUACUGCAGAAUACAGGAGAACCAGCCAGCCACAUGGAGAAACUAUGGGGCAGAGCAGUAUGGUCCAGGAUCAGUCUGUCUGUACCAGAAAUCAGCAUUUGUUAUGGAGCAGUGCACCAAACGAAUGACUUACCCAGACUGGGGCAGUGGAUGCUAUAAGGUGUCUUGCACAGCUCAAGGGUUGCUGGUCUGGGUGCAGAGCGAGACCUUUCUAUGUCUUCGGACUGGUCAGGUGAUCAGUGUGAGUAUUCGGAUGAAUGAAUGGGUUUAUAGCGGUCAGCUCAUCUGCCCAGCCUGCUCUGACUUUUGCAGCAACUGCCCUCUGCCUCAUCUGAUCCCUCCUCUAAACACCACCAAGAGUGCUCCAAUAGAUCCUUGUUCCAGAUCUUCCUUUUUAGUGGUGAACUUAUGGCAGCUCCUGUUAACUCUCACUCCACUGCUGAUCGGCUUCCUCCUCUGUGGCUGGGACUGACUUUAGUCCUGGCUGAAUGGGUGAACAUGGCGACCUUUGCUGCCACAGGCUUUUCUUGAGGUUUAGCUGAUGUGGAGGGCAAUCCUGCGGCUGAUCACUUCCUUACUGUAGUCUGCGGUCAGAUAACUGUUUUCUCUGAGUGUGGAGCUGUGGGCAAAAGCCAUUGAUUGCACUCCUCCUUGUCUGGCUGUCAGGUGCCAGCGAGCUGUAGAUCCAAUGUGAAGCCAUAGUCAUGCAAGCUGCGGUCACGCAGCACGGUUAUGCAGGUGCUAUUAAUAUUCUCUUUGUCUCUCCGAUGGACCUGUAGCAUUUUAAAAUAGGCGUUUGGCUGAGGAUGAUGAUGGGAGGUCUUCUCUCUCGUGUUCGGCUCAUGGUGCUGCUUGGUUGUUCCAUUAAGUUAUUUGAUGGCAAUGUUUUAAUCAGCGUAUCAAUAUCAGGUCAUGUGACUGACGAUGCUUGUGAAUUUGCAUGAAGUAGUGCAAGUGAGAUUUCUGUUUAAAAAGGUUCGUUCAGCACAAAAUGGUAAUUCUGUCAUAGUUUACUCACCCUCAUGUUGUUCUUAACCCAAUCCUGAGAGAUUUCUGUUCCUCUUGAAAGUCUCUUCACAGAUAACUUGCUCCAGAACCUUCAUGAAGAGAUAAAAAAGAAAUCUGUAUAAAUCAAGCGAUUGAAGACACAAUAUCAGUACUUUACCUCGUGUCCUAACAACAUGAAAAAAGAGACCAGCGAUUUGGGUAAACUACAUGUUUGCUAGUUAUUUUAUUUUUGAGAUAUGAGGUUAACUCUCUGCUGGUGCUUUCAGUAUGGCUUAAAAUGUCAUAUAAAAGCAUGGCAACUUCAUUUAUGUAGCACAUUUCAUACACAGUGGUAAUUCAAAGUGCUUCACAUAAACAGAAAUAAAAGAAACAAUAUAAGAAAUAAAUACAAAGAAUUAAAACAGAUUAGAAAAACAUAAAAAUGUGUUAAAACAGGUUAUAAAAGAAUGAAAAAAAAGAGAAAGACAUAAUAGUGCGAUCUGUCGGACGUAGCACCGUGCUAAUUCAGUAAAGGCACAGCUAAACAGAUGUGUUUUCAGUCUUGAUUUGAAUGUGCCUAAUGUUGGAGCACAUCAGAUCAUUAUAGACUAGUAAUAAUACUUUAAUGAAUGUAAUUGGGAGCCAGUUUAAAGACCUGAGCACUGGUGUGAUGAGCUCGGAUUUUCUGGUGCUGGUCAGAAUCAUGGCAGCAGCGUUCUGGAUGUAGUACUCUGAAUUAGUAAGAUUCAAAACUAAAUAAAGCACAUAAUCAGUAUCUGAGGUGAUCAUUGUCAUGGUAGUUUAUGCCGUUGUUCAGCCAUGACGAUUUCUAAAAUCUAAACUUUGUGCGUCGCCCUCGUGGAUAGUUAGGACAAACACUCCUUUUAACAUGGAAAAGAUACCUUUUAUCAUGUGUCAAAGUAUAUUAUGUAGUGAGGAUACAGUGUUUGGAAUUAACAGAUUUAAUUUAGCAAACACUGAUCAGUGAACAAUGUUUACAGCAUUCACAUUAGAUAACAAGUUCGAGCAGGCUUGCUUGGUGUGUGAGAACCAAUGUCAUUCAUUUUUGUGUGUCAUGUGACACCUAAAUUUUAGCAAGUAAGUUCAGUUUUCAGUUUCAGCAAGAACCAAUGAGGUUUGUUCCUGCGGGUCAAGCAUCACUGGUUAUAUAAAUAUUAGUUGAGUUUACAUUGUAAGUCAUAAUGCGCAGAUCAGAUCUUUUGAUCAUACCCAUUUUUUUUUUGUUCUGCAUUUUUACAUUACGUUACAUUUAAAGGAAUAGUCCACUCAAAAAUUACAUUUUACUCACCUUUGGUGUGUUUUUUUCUGUUUAACAUAAGACAAGAUAUUUUAAUGGAUGUUGGUAACUGAAUUUCUUCGUUUGUGUUCAGUCGAAGAAACUUGCACAGGUUUGAGUAAAUGAUGACAGAAUUUACAUCUUCGGGUGUGAGCUAAAAGAUUGCUAAAAAAUGGAAUUUGAUGCACAUUCGUAAACAAUUUUUUUUUCACAUCCGAUCUGAGCCAAUUUCAAACAUAUCCGAUACCUGGACAUCCAAUCUACAGCAGGAAAUCAAUUAUUGAACUUGUCAUGUUUUUUCCCGGGAAUAAUAUUUCUAAAAGAGUUGUUGAUAUGGAAUUGAACCAGUUCUUGGUAAAAACUGAAACGAAACAAACAAAAAUUAAACAAAACAAAAAAAAAAUCUGAAAAAUGAGUUGUGUAAUAACAAUCAAAUGACACAAGGAGAAAGAAAUAACAUAUUUAAUACUUUAUUUAAAAGGCUUUUUUUGGGGGAUGGCAGCUUAAAGACGCCUCUAAUAUGGAGAUAGAAGUCACAUGAAUUGCGCAGGUGUGAGUUUUUUUACAGACUUCAACAGAGUGUAAAAAUCUUGUGGUUCUGUGGGUCUCGUUUAUAAAAUCUGAUCUUUCAUUUGAAAUUUAUAUUGGAUUUUAGCCAGGUGAUUGGCUGGGCCAUUCUACAGCUUGAUUUUCUUUCUCUGAAAGCAUUUGAGAGUUUGCUUGGCUGUUUUGGAUCAUUGUCUUGCUGAAAUGUCCACCCUGGUUUCAUCUUUAUUGUCUUGCUAAUGUAGAUUUUGGACUGAAGCAGCUAAUGUUCAUUUACAAUGAUUAAGGGCAGAAGAUUGCUGAAGAACUACUGACAGAUUUCAGCUGCUGCCUGGGCUUUCACUGCCUUUCUACAGCUCCCUUUCUUCAUGUGUUCAAUACUUUUUCCUGGUGUCAUUUCUUUUUAUUACGCAUAACUUAAUUUGUAAACUAAUAAGAUUUCCUUGCAUAUAUGGAUGUCUUUGGUUGUUACCAACAUCUGGGGAAAACGUCAAGUCAACAGCAGCUAGAGAAAUAUGUUUUCUGAGAAAAAUGGUGAUGUGUUCAAUACUUAUUUUCCCCACUGCAUGUCUAAACAUGCAUGUGUGAUUCAAUUGAGGGGUAAAAAUCUCCCAGAUUUGAUUAAAAUAUUUUCAUUGUUCUUUUUGUUCUGAGAAUAAACAGAAGUUUCCUAGGUUUGGAUCAUCAUGAGUAAAUAAUGACAGAAUUUUCAUUUUGGUAUGAAGUAAACCUGUGAGUCCUGUUUACAUUUAAGAAAGAUAAAGAUAACCAUUACUAUGUUAAGCACAAAAACGUGCCGUUUCUUCAGAUUUGUCAUUUGAUCAUUUAAAUGCUUGAUAUCCAGGAUAGAUUCUGGCUCUAGUUAUAAUCAUUUUCAUCAGCUUGAAUGAUAUUUUGAACAAUAUCCAGUGAUAUUUUUUUUUCAUUGUAUUAAUUUCCUUCGAUGUUAUCAUUGUAUUUGCCGUAUGAGCUGAUCGUCAUCUAGAAUGAUUUACGACUUGUCAUUAUAGUUUUCCUCGAUGUGAAUGGGCCAAGGUUGGUGCAAGUGCUGAAUUGAAUUUCUUUUUGAUAAUCUCUAUAAAAAUGAAUGUUGCUGUUAUGUACUGUAAGUAUGUUUAGUUCAAUUAAUAUACCGUUGAAUCCUGAGAAUUCUGACAUCAUAAAUAUUAUUGGGGUUUUUAAUUAUUUACAAAAACAUCAAUAUUUGUAAGAAUUUUCAGAUAUUACGAUACAAGGAAUUAGUGUUGUCAAAUAUAUCAAUACUGAUGUAUUUAAAAUGAUACAAUCUUCCUUUUGUUAAGUAUCGAUACUGGCUUUGCUCUCUUGCACUCUCUCACCAGAGUGGAGAUUAAUAAUUUAUAAUUAUAUUAAUAUUUUAACACUUUUGAUGUAAUCAGAAAAUAAGAUGAGAUUGCAGUAAUUUAGUUUUUUUUGUUGUUGUUUUUUGUUUUUGUCUAUGUAAUUUAUUGCCUUUUGGACUUAAGGACUGCAGAUGUACCUGAUAUAAGCAUUAUGUGUUUUAGUUAUCCCCCCCAAAAAAACAAAAACAAAACAUUUUCACUGUAUAUAGAAGCGUUUUACUUUGACCAUAAUGUUAUUUGACACAAACAUUCGCUUUGAUGAAGACUGAUUAUCCGUUUACCUUGAAAUGUGUUGCCAGAUUUGUGUCGCAAAGGGCUUUCCUGCCAAAACUGCAGAUCAUUUGUCUUCUAACAAUCAACUCUUCAAAAGCCCAUCAGGAAAGUGCUUUUCAUAGAUCUCUAUAUGAGAUCCGAUGACGUUUGUGUGAUUGUCAGUUUGCCUACACCAAGAAGUAUGCAUCUUUUAUUUCCCAAGGCAAAUAUAAAGACUUUUUAAUUCACCACAGUAGCACGCUGCCAUGAGUAUGGCACUUUUAACCAUUUAUGAAUGCUUUUAUAAUGUAGCCAUUUUUUUUGUUGUUGAAAAAAGAUUGGGAAGAAAUACCGAGAAGUUGACACUGUAUAUGUGAUUGGAUUGAUAUUGUUGAGGUGUUGGACGACUAGUGAAGGUGUCUAUGAUGUAAUUAUCUGGUAUUUUACUUGUUCUUUUUGUAUCCUAUAAUAUUUAAUGAGCAACAUGUGUGGAUGCUGCUCUGUCAUCUUGUAACUAAAUUCACCAAUUCAUAGUUCAAGAUUUUAACCAUUUGUAAACCUUUUAGUGUUAUGAGAUAUUCAUUUUAUUUACAGUGCUUUUCAUUUCAGGACAGUGUUAUUUAAAUGCAAAUGUAAUAAGAGACAAACACGGCAGCUUUAACCGUACCCCUGAUUUAAGAGCCUGUGCGCAAGUAAAGUGUAAAUAUAUCUGUGUUUUUAUUGUAGGACUGAUAGCUGCUAUGUUGAUGAUUUCCUUUGAAGAGAUUAAUUGUUCGACAAGUGGAGGAAUGCAAUUCUGGAUUUUGAAGUGAGGCUUGUGGUGUGAUUUGUAUUUACUGUGUGUACGUAUGGAUCGUAUAGUUUAUAUCCUGAAAUGUUUGACUGGUGAGCUGUGCAGUUUUAUAGGCUCAUUUGUACUCCUAAUCAAACCUCAACUGAAAUGCCUUUCCUUCAUGGUAUUCACUCAAGGACAGCCUGAGCAUAGAUUUAACAGAUUUCAAACAUAACUUUGAGUUUCCUAAGAUUCAAAGCAAGCUUUUAUAUUUUAUAGGAGACCCUUUUUCCCUAAAUAUAUAAUCAUGACUACUAAAACUGAGACUUGGUAUCGUUAAACAUUUACAGAAGUUAUUCAAAUGUACAGUAUGUUAUUUUGUUGUUUUUGUUUGUCAAAAAGGACCGAGACCCACGAUAGGACUUGCUUUUUCAGUUAUUGCUGCAUAAAUAGUCAUUUUGCUACAAAUAGUAACUUAUUUAACAAUGAUUGUUUGAAUUUCUCAUGUAUUGUCUAGCAUCAUUCCAUUUGAGAGAAAUCAAUGCGUAGUUUACAUUGAAAUACAUUAAAAUACAUAGUUUACAUUGAAAAAAAAUGAAAUAAAAAGUUUAGCCGAAGAAAUAUAACUUAAUUUGAUUGUGUUCAGAUAUGCUUUGAUUUGUACAUAAGACAAACAAUUUAACAGAUUUCUCUUUGUACUGUUUUUUGCUUUUUUUUAUCAUUCUUUGUUAUUUAAUAAUUUAUUUAACACAUAAUUUGAGAAUAUUUUGCUGGGAAAUUAUGUUGUGUGGAACUUGUUUAACUAUUCUGUGUGGAUAAAAAUUGAAUUGACAUCGAGCAUGGAAGAGAAUAACAUAUAGCCAAUAAGAGGAGGAACAGACAAUAUUGAAAAUGCCAAGCUAUGAGACUGAUGUCGAGACCAAAGACGAGUCUAUGCAGAACAAAAAAAAUCCACCACAUAAUCUCUCAUUGUUUCUGACACAUCAUUAAAAGAAAUGAUAAUUCGUAACUUAUUUAUCACAUCCUUGACUGUUGGGACAUUAUUUGUAUUGUCAACAUUUGUUUAU